AUGCCCAAAGAGAAGAGCUACAACCCCGUGGCCGCCCAACGCAAAGCUGACAAGGCCAAGGCCAUCAAAAAAGGAAAAUCCGAAGCCCAAGAGCGACGAAACGAGCGACUGGCGCGCAAGAACCCGGACCAGCUCCAGAGACAAAUCGAUGACUUGAAGAAGAUUACAGAUGGCGGCGGCAAGCUCAGCCGACACGAGGAGCAGGUGCUGGAGGGGCUGGAGAAGGAGAGCAAGGCCGUGAAAAAGGCCAGGGAGGCGCUGGGCGACAAGGCGCCCACGUUUGGGAGGGGAUGGACCCGAGACGACGACUCUCGACGCGGCGGGGUGUUGGGCAAGCGACGUCGCGGCUCCCACGGCGCGUCGAGCAGCGACGAGGACGUGGCAGACGACGUCAAGAGCAUACCCAUGCCGCGCGACACGCCGCCGCCGAUACCGAAAGCGGUCUUGGACGUGUGGUACAGCAAGCGCCGCGCGCAGCGGAAUGCAGAGCAGGCGGCGCGGGAUCGGGCAGACGGACGACAAGGCGGCGGCGGCGGCGACGCGGACAAGGAGAAGAAGCCGGUAGUAGAGGCCCGUACAGUGUACGAGGCGGCACCCAUCACGCGCGACCUGCACAAGGAGGCGGUGGCGGCGUUUGUGCCGGCAGCGGUGCGCUCCAAGCUGGCCAAGGGCGCGGGCCAGGGCGGGCUGAUGGAGCCCGAGGAGGCGGAUGCUCUGGAGAGACAGGGGUACCUGGCGGCGUCGAAGCAACCGGGAGGGGAAACGGCAUUGCGGAAUGCCACGGUAGAAGAUGCAGAAGAUGAAGAGGAUUGA